AUGGACAUAAUUUCCAUGCCGCUGAAGAAUGACUUCAGAUACUGUCUGACAAUUGUCGACAGGUUCACGCGUUGGCCAGAGGCUUACCCACUACGUGACAUCACCGCGGAAUCCUGCGCAGCUGCAUUCAUAGCUGGCUGGGUCUCCCGUUUCGGAUGUCCCGAGCGAAUCACGACUGACAGGGGACGUCAGUUCGAGAGUAGCCUAUUCAAGAAUUUGGCAAAUCUCCUAGGAGCUACUCAUCACACCACGACGGCUUAUCACCCUGCUGCCAACGGACUCGUCAAACGUCUUCAUCGGCAGCUGAAAUCGGCGAUAUCUUGCCACUCUACAACCAACUGGGUCGAAACUUUGCCGAUAGUGCUUCUGGGCAUUCGGACCGCCUGGAAGGAAGACCUGCGUGCAUCAUGCGCAGAGUUGGUUUACGGAGAACCUCUUCGCUUGCCGGGAGAAUUCUUCUCAACGAGAAACCCCAGCACCUUGGAAGACCUAUCGGAAUUUGGAAACCGUCUACAUAACCACCUCAGUAGACUGAGCCCUCAAGCAACAUCAUGGCACGGGAACCGUACAUUUUACGUACCGAAGAACUCGAAGGAUGCUACCUACGUCUAUCUUCGCCAAGGUCCGGAACGCAAGACUCUGCAACCAGCUUAUCUUGGUCCCUUCAAGGUCAUAAGAAGAGGUAGUAAGGCGUACGUCAUCGAAGUUCAGGGACAAGAGCAGACCGUGACCAUCGAUCGCCUCAAACCAGCCUACGUGACAUUGGAGGGGUCAACACCUUCAGAGAAAACGUCAUCUCCAGCUGAAGACACCACACCGAUGACCACGACGACUCCAGAGCCAAAACGCACCAGAAGCGGUCGAAGGGUUAGAUUCCCAGACUACUAUCGUCGGUAA